AUGGGCAAAACUAAUAGAACAAAGCACGUAAAAGUAUCCCACAAAGACACAGUCUUAAAGCGCAAAAUUGAAGAGCCCAAGGAAAAAAUCAAAGACCCUGAAGAUCUGAUUGAUGCUGAAGGCUUUAUUUGUCUUCCAGCUUCAGAAGAAGUCCCUGAAGAGGUAGAGAAUGAGCUUCAAGCAUUCAGAGCCAAUCGAGUCACAUUUAACACAGAACUCAGCGAGAAGCUUAAAGACACAAGUUCUUUGGACCCAAAGAUAAAAGACGUCUAUUCUAAGGUUGGGAAAAUUCUUCGAGGAUAUCGAAGUGGAAAGCUUCCAAAUGCUUUCAAAAUAAUCCCAGGGCUUGAAAAGUGGAUGGAAAUCCUCGAACUUACCAGUCCAGACGACUGGAGCCCACAAGCUGUAUAUCAAGCCACCAAAAUUUUUGUAUCAAGUAUGGGUCCUAAGCAGUCACAAAAAUUUUUAUAUGAUUUUUAGGCUAUAUUUGUGGAGAAAUGAAUAUUUGGGGAUUUAUAGGAAAUUCAAGGGAAAAGGCUAUACAGAACCCUUUAUAAUGCGGCUAAAAAAGACAUUCAGAAACACAAAAAAUUAAACUACCAUCAUUAUUUAGCCUUGAAAAAGGCUUUUUAUAAGCCUGCGGCUUGAAUAAGAGGAAUUCUGUUUCCCCUUUGUGAAGAAGACUGUACUCUAAAAGAAGCAACUAUAAUAGGAUCAGUGAUUUCAAAGGUAUGUGCAUGACAUUAA